AUAUGACGUCACAACUGCCAAGUCAAGUCUAAGCGAUCAAUGACUCAAAUGAAUAGGUUGGUGAAAUAAAAUCAAUCGAAACUUAACUUAUAGAAUUUUUCAAGAAGAUUUCUACAUUUGUAUGCAUUCCUGUUAAAUAAUAAAUAUAAGGGUAAAAUAUAAGAUAUCAAACAAAUGGGAUAAGCCUAAAACUUUUCCCCUAAAAAUUGUUUAUCUGGAUCAUGCAAAAGGAAAAGUAGCCAGGACCAGGAUUUAAAACAAAUAAUUUAUAAAUUACCAAGAAGUAGGCUUAGUCGGUGUGUGCGUAGGCCUAGUGCUUAAUACAGGUAGUUGAUAAUAAUAAAAAUAUAAUGAUAGAUAAACUUAAAUUUUUUAGUAAAAUCAUCAUGGCCACGGAACACUUGCCAAAACUUGGCUUGUUUAACAAGUUUAAGUUGAAUAAAGUUAAAAAGAGUCUAACUUAGACUCUUUUUUUUUUUUUACUUACUUAUAGUAGUACUUUGUCGUAUGAUUCAACUUCAAAUUCAUUCAAAUGUGAUUUUGAGAACCUUCGGCCUUUAGUUUAGAACUUAUUAGUAUUUACACUGUAAAUAUUAAAGUUAAAGGUAAAGUUUCUCAAAAUCACAUUUGCUUGCAACUAUGAAAAAUGGCAAUGUCAGUAUGUCACAGUCACACUAUGUACUAUUACUAUGUGAAUGUGUUGACAACUUAACUUAACAAUUAACAACAUAUCAUUGUCAUAUCUCUGAAUACUGAAUGAAUGAAAUGUAGCAAUGUAGUGCAGUGAAGGAGUGAAGAAUGAAAGUGAAAGCAGGCCUACAACACUAAAUUCUUUUAAAGUUUAAGUACAAUCAUUCAGUACUUAUUUAUGUACUUUUUAUACUAUUUAUUAUAAUUAUUUUAUUUUUAUCUCAAUCUUAGUAGUCUCAAUCUAUUAAAAUAAUUUUUUUUUGGAUUUAUUUAAGUUAUAAUCAUUGGAUGAACUGAGUGAUCAGAAUCUUUGCAUCGCAAUGUCUUAACUUAAACUUAAAUGUAAUAUUAAUAAUCAUUUAAUUAUAUAAUAAUAUAAUUUUUUUUUAUAAGUAUAAGAGAUUCACAAACUGUCCACUGGGGUAGCUUACAAGUUACUACAUUAGUUCUGGUGGUACACUGCAGGGGAAUUUAAAAAAGGAAUACACUUACACAGAUUACAGAUACCCAUUCCAAAUUUCAGCUGAUUAUUGAUGUCUAGCAACAUCCCCAAAAGUUUGAGAACCCCGGUUUUAUACCAUCAUUAGCCUAUCUAUUAGCAUGUGUGGUAAUUUAGUAUAUAUUAUUAGUUUUAUAUUUAUAGGCCUAAAUAUAAUCCAGUGGCCACUGACAAACCUCAAAUUCUAAAUGAUGUAAAACUAAAUUAAGUUGAAAUUCAACUUGAAAUGGGAUUAAAUAUAAGUUUUAGUUUGGAAGAAUAACUUCAACAUGACAAAAAUAAUUAGGGAAUAUUAAUUGUAUUUAUUCUUAUACUUAUAGUCCGGUCUUACCAGUGGCUUUCGAUUUUUGCAUAUCAGUGGAUGUGGGAAAACGGGAGAAAUAUUUCUGAGUCUUAAGUUUAAGUACCAUAACCAACUAAGUUUAUUUUUUAUAAUUUAAAUCAAAUUAUGAAUGAAUGAAAGUAUUACUUGUCAAAUCUAAUAUUAAUACUUUAACAAGGAAAUGCUAUAAAUAUUUUAAAUCACCAGAAACCCAACUGUUAAGUAAUCAAAAAUGCUGAUAAUAAUAUUAGAAGAUGUAGAUUUUGAGAAGCAAUAUUUAAUUCAUAUAAUAUAAAGUUAAAUCGUAAAUCUGCUGGUUUAGUUUUUGCUAAAUUUUUUUAUAUUUCAAAAUUUGAUAGUUGUUUCUGAGAGACAAAAUAAUUACAUUUCUAUGUGUUUGGUGCUCUCCUCACACAAAUUGGUAUUCUAAAAUCUGUCCGAUAAGAGAGAUGGAUAUUCCUUUUCAAGUGAGACAAUCAUAGUUACAAUGUUUUAUUUUUCACUGCUAGUAUGAUUUAAAAUAAACAAACAAUUGGAGCAGGCCCCUAAGUGGAAACAUCUCUAAAUACCGGGUAUUCCUUUUGUACAAGACUAUUAAAAAGAUUGAGAUUUUAAAGCACCUGCCUUUUUUUCAGUAUAAGAAUAUCUGUGUAAAGGCCCUAACAGGCUCAUAAUGAGUUAUUUAAAAUAAGUCAAUGACAAACAUAAGCGCAAACCAGUAGAACAAUAGCAUAUAUUAAUCUAAUGAAUGCCUCAGAACCCUUGGGUCAAGAAUACAUAAGCAGCUCCAAAAUGCUUGUGUCACCUGUAGUCUCUCUUGUUUGCUCUCUUCAUUUUGAAGAAAUGAAUUGUUCCCUCACAUUUUCUGCUCUUAAGUCACUGAACCUAAUUUUAUGUCUACUUUCCCACCACAACAAUUUCAUAAAGUUUGACCUGUGGCGCUUUUGUGUGUGUGGCUGGGUGGGGGAUUUCUUUAGACUUCAUUUUUUGGUUCCUCAGAAUUAUUACCUUUUAAUCCACUUGAGGAAAUUUACCAGUAUUUCCGGAUCCUUGUUUUAAUGUUACUUUUUACUAGCACUUUUUGCAGAAUGAAUUGGUGAUGUUAUAUUCUUAAAGAUGCAAUUUUUUAGACUUAUUUUUAUUGCAAAAAAUAUUUAAUUUGUGUGUUACAAUUGAUGUCUGUUAAACCCAACAGUUGCCUUUAAUUAAAUAGUGGUCGGACAAGUGACAACCAAGCAAUGAUCCUAUUUUGCCUGAUUGUAAACAAGCAAGGAAGAGUUCGACUGAGGAGGUAACUGAAAAAUAUACCAAUUUAUUCAUUUGAGUUUGAGCUUAAUUUUUAUGAAAGCCUUAAAAUUAGAAGGAUAAUAAAGUGUUACUUUUGGUUUUGAAAGAGGGGAGAUGGAUUCAGGAGAAAGACAUCAAACAAGAGACUCGACUUAUAAAAUUAAAACUGAAAUACUUAUGAUCUUAAAAAAAUUGGGGUACAAUUUCAAAUUUGUAUAAUGAGUUCUGGUGAGGCACAGAGCAGAACAUUUUUUUUCUAAUUCACUACUUAGCUUAGAAAGUAGUAAUUGAUUACCAAAGUUCAUAACUUAGCUUAGAAAGUAGUAAUUGGAUUACCAAAGCUUGAUUAAUUUAACUCAAAAUGUAAUGGAAGUUAGUGAAAGGUAUUUAAUACAGAAGUAACUAGGAAAAGGUAGGGCAAAAUUUGCUUUUUCUAUUCCAAUACCUUUACAAAAUGUGAUUUGUGGUAAAAAAUAAAAUAUAAACAAAAACUUCUUAUUUCAACUAGCUUUGUCAGUUUUAACUACCAGUAGUUAAAUGUAAGAAACAUGAUAACAAUACAGUUUUUGAGACGUGUCUGCAUAUUUAUGCCUUAAUAUUAUUCAAUUUGUUAUUUUUGUUUGUUAAUAUUUCAGUUAUAACAAUUUUUCAAUGUAUAACAUCAGCCUUUGUGUGUUUUUGCUACUUUCACAAUUUAUAAGUCUUUACAAAAUUAUUUUCUUUUUUGCCUAGGAAUUAUCAACAUAUUGAAGAAAAAGAAAGAGAUGUGAGAGAUUCUUUAAUAAUCUCUAAAUGUUUAACAAGAACAAAAAAACAGGUGCUUAUUUUGUAAAUAAGUUAUACACACCUCAUAUUUAGAUAAUUUAUAUAUUUUUUUCUUUUCUACUGAUGAAGGCUUGUAAUGGCCAAAAAGGUUUCAGGAAAUACUUUUUUAACAAACUUGGAAUGCAAACUUCCCCACUCUCUCUAAAUCUUAAGUAGGGUAAUGUUUUAGACUUAAUCUCAGUGGCCUACAUGGAAGUUCAAAAGAUUGAAAUUUCACCUAUUGUCCUACUUUGAUAGUGACAAGUGCUUCCCAUUCCCCAAUCUAAUUUUUUUUUCCUUCAAAAAUUGCUGUGUAAUUCCAUGUAAAUCUUUAAGUUUAAAUAUUUAUUAUUUUGAUUUUUUUAAUAGAUCAAAAGGUUUUAAAUUUAUAUGUAAAUGCCAUUCUGUUUUAAUAUUAGAUUUUAAUAAUAUAAAAUUUUGAAAAAUUUUUCCCAGUGCAGUUUUUUCAGUUAUGAUGGCAUGACAAUAAUUUACAAAAGUUUCACAACUUUAACACUCAUUUGUGGUGUAACUAAAGAUGAGGUAAAGGUUUUCUUUUUUCUUGAUAUAAAAAACAACAUACUUUUAAGUUUUUUGAGUAAAAUUGAAUCCUAUUACUCUUGUUUUUUUACACUGCCAUAAUUUAGACCAGGGGUCUCAAACUCGAGGCUCGCGGGCCAUUUGCGGCCUCAUACCCGACAAAUAAGUUUAGGCCCGACCGGUUGUCCCCAUUCUCAUAUCUUUAAUGUGAUCCCCACGAUGGUUUCAUUCGAAUCUCACGGACUAGUAUAUUUCUGAUUUUAUUAUGUUUAUUUAGGUUUGGACUUUGAUUAUAAUGGGAAAAAACGUUUUAAAUCGGAAUAAAGUUUUAAUUUUUAUAGCAUUUUAUGAGACACAUAUGGCCUAAGUGCGGUUUUGAGAAAAGUUUAAAAGUCAGUCAGUGUUGCCUAUGACAAUGUCAGGGCAUUCUGCACAAAACUUGUGUUAUAGUUUUCAGAGAAACCUCUGCCAUUUCCCAACAUGCAAAGUACUCAUGGACCCUGGCACAUGCACACCAUUCAGUAGUAUUUUUAUACUAGUAGUAAGUGCACUGAUGCCUUUGCAAAGCUACAGGAAGAAUUUGAUCACAGUUUGCCGACUUCAAAACACACAAGUCCCUUUUCAAAUUUUUGCUGACCAUUUCUCCUUCAAUGUGGAUGAUGCCUCCAUCCCCCUUUUUGCGCUUCAAAUGGAGCUGUUUGAUCUUCAGUGCAAGUUUAGGGAGGUGAAUGGAAAAACAGACAAAUAUGGACAAUUUAUGAGAGCAUUCCCCUCCACCUUCCCUGAGAUUUCCAGGUUGUUCAAGAGAAUCAUGUGCCUUUUUUGGGAGUACUUAUCUGUGUGAACAGCUCUUUUCCACUUUAUUCAGGGUCAAACUUACUUCAAGAUAUGAUGGUCUCAGUUGCUUACUCACUCAAGCCAAAUGUUGCUCAAAUGUUUAAGAAGGAGCACUGCCAGGUCCCAAGCAACAAGGAGUAGGAAGAAGAAAGUAAAGUCCAGGUCUUGAGAACCCUUUGUUUUUAUUUGUUAAUAAUAAAGGUUGAGCACAUUGUAACGGUUGUACUUUAUUGAAUUUGUAAUCGCUUUUUUGUGGAAUACUUGAUGCGGCCCAGGCUCACUCAGAUUCAACCUCCUGCUGCCCCCGGAUGAUAUGAGUUUGAGACCCCUGAUUUAGACCUUAUUUAAAUUAUAGUUUCAAUUUUGUGGUAAAAAUUUUAGCUCAUUCAUUUUAAUUUUUUGCCCAAAUGGCCAGUAUGUUCUAAAUCAGUGUUUGUUAGCUGCAGUCUGCAGAAAUUAUCUCCAAAAAUUAUUGCCAUUUAACUCAUAGCCUUGAUCAUGCAGUAGAGAGCAUCAGGACCAUUCAGAGGAGAGUGUUGACAAGGACACUGAUAUUGAAGAUCAUAUUAGAUAUUACAACUGAGAUGUUUAGUGAUUCACCUUGAUGAAUCAACUGCUGUGAAUAACCAGGCUACCAAGAAAUGGAUGGCUUAGCUUUGAUUUAUUUAGCUUUCUCAACGGAUGUGUAUAAAAAGAAGCUUUCUUGGAUAGUAUGACAGCUGCUGAAAAUUUUUAUUGCUUAUUAAGUCAACCAGAAAGUUAUAAUCAAUAUUAUAAUAAAUAACAUUUCAGGGGCUUUAGCUGGAAAUUUAAUCUUCAUUAAUUUCAGAGUAAUAAAGAUUAAAUUUUUCAGCUAAAGCCCCUAAAUUUCAUAGUGAGUAUUUCUUAAUGUUAUUCUUUCGCGGAUUAGUUAUCUCUUAAGCUGUUAUCUUUGAUUACGGUAUUGGUAACUAUUAUUAAGGGAAAAAGAUUUUUUUUAGCGCUUCAACUCUGAGAAGCAGCACUGUGGCUAUGAUUAUCAAAUAUUCUGCAAAAGAAACCCAUCCUUUUAAGAAUAAUUUAUUUCUUUAUAUUUAUUACUGUAUGAUGACAACAGAAAAAUAACUGAAUGCUGUUAUCAUUUUUACAUUAUUUUUAUUAUUUCAAAUUUUAGAAUGAACUUUCUAUCCAAGAGUUGUUAAAUGUAUUUAUGGAUUGCCUUGGGUCUUACUUUCAGCAUGUGGUAAGUAUCAUCAGUUAAGUUACAUUUUGUCCUCUGAAGUAUUUGAGACUUGAAUCAAGAGCGCCUAAUCUUAAUAUAUGGUUUAAGUGUCUUUAGAAGUGAUUUUGAUAUUGCUUUUAAUCUAUAAAAAUGAAAACUUAAAUUAUGUUUAAUUAAUUUUGUUAUUUUUGGCCCAUUUAUUUCAGUCAGAAAUGGAUGUAUCCUUUUGUGUUGUCACAUGAAUAAGACAAACUUCAUUAACCUGUUUCUAGGGAUGAUAAAAAUAUGGCUGCGACUAUUUGCACCCAGACACUCUUUGCCGCCAUUCGCACCCGGGUCCCAUUAGACUCAAUAUUAUUUGGAUGUCAUUUGUGGUAGUUUAUUUUCGUUAAACUGAAGAAGUAAGUUUACAAACAUAUAGUCCAUUCAAUUAUCCUUCAUUAUGAUGCCUCAUUUUGUCUUACAAACCCAACAAUAAUAUUUUAAAUAGUUUUUUAAUCCCAACCUCUGACUUAUGGUACACAGGUGCAAAUAGCCACUUUGUAAAAAUAUUGGAGAGUGGAUUGGGAUUGCUAGGUUUAGUAAACUACCUGUAUUUUAUAUCAAAACUGGUUAAUCCAUUAGCACAAUGUAUAAAGGAUUUUUUUUUUAAACAUCUGUUUAAAAAAAAAUUAAAAUUAAAUCUCCUUAUCAAAUUUCAGAUAGUAUAUAAUAUUGAGAGAGUCUACAUAAUUUUGGAUGAACUUAUUGUUAAUGGAUGUGUUGCUUAUACUAGCAAAGAAAGAGCACUUAUUCCACUUCAACUCAUGGAUGCAGGAACUUGAAAUUUGAAUGGCUACGCUUUUUUUAAAAAAAGUAUCGUGUUAACUUAUUUCUUUUACUUAUUGUAAUAUAAUAUUGAGGAUAAUUUGUUGCAUCAUAAGUUAAAGUGAUUGAAUCAUUGAAUAUAUAAUAUUUGAUGUAUGACUUAUAUUUUAAUCAAUGUCUUUUGCAACAAAAUAAAAAUGAGUAAUAUUCCAUAAACUCUUUUGAAAAAAUGUUGCAUUAUCCUUUUUUGCUAUCUAGUAAUUUUUUUCCCUGAGUCCUUUACAUUAACUUAAAUAAUCACAAAAAAUUUAUUUUAUUGCACCCCCUUUGAAUUAUUUGUUUCAUGAAAUCUUAGACCACCUCAUGUCUAGUACCCACCCUUAUUUCUAAUUGUUUUGACCACUGACUUACUAACCAAAUAAUUGGAAAGGCUAGGAUGAUGAAAAUACCGUCUAUAAAAGUUUCAAUUCAGAUUUAUGAAUCCGAGACAUUGCACCAAUGUUGCAUAUAAUUUCUCCAUAUGAAAUGUACAAAUUAUCCGCUCUUUUGAAUUCCAUCAUCCACCCAUCAAAUUUACACAGAUUAUUUAUUAAUUAUCAAUACAUCUUUGAAUUUCAAUUACAAUACAAUAAAUCUUUAUUU